ACUAGCUACUUUUUUCCUCUUUUUUUAUUUAGCGAGAGGAAAUCCUAAGAUAAUAUAUGGAGUCGUUUGUGUUUCCGAGUCGGGUGAAUAUUUUUUGUCAAACUAGUCACUUUUAAACGUAAGUUACCCAUUGUGUGGCACAAGUACGGUGCCAGGGAGUGACAACUUAGGGGGGAAAUAGGGGAAGCUCGUGACGUUGGGUCAAAAUGUCGAUUCAGUACGAGGUGGAACAGCUGCCUGACAGCUAUGGGGUGGCGGACUCGUUCCCCAAAGAUUUUGGUUAUGGUGAGGAGGAGGCUGAAAUCGAGGAUAGCCCGACGUCAUCCGAUAGCAAACCUAGAAUCUUGCUCAUGGGUUUAAGACGAAGCGGCAAGUCAUCAAUUCAGAAGGUGGUUUUCCACAAAAUGUCCCCCAACGAGACCUUGUUUCUGGAGAGCACCAACAAGAUCUACAAGGAUGACAUCUCCAGCAGCUCUUUUGUCAACUUCCAGAUCUGGGACUUCCCCGGUCAGGUGGACUUCUUUGACCCCACUUUCGACUAUGAGAUGAUCUUUCGAGGAACCGGGGCUCUAAUAUUUGUCAUCGAUGCUCAGGACGAUUAUGUGGAAGCUCUGGGAAGGCUCCACCUCACCGUGUCGCGGGCCUACAGAGUCAACCCGGAGAUCAACUUUGAGGUGUUCAUCCACAAAGUGGACGGCCUGUCGGACGAUCACAAGAUCGAAACACAGAGAGACAUCCAUCAGAGAGCCAACGAUGACCUGGCAGAUGCCAGUUUAGAGAAGCUGCAUCUCAGCUUUUACCUGACGAGUAUUUAUGACCACUCAAUCUUUGAAGCCUUCAGCAAAGUGGUGCAGAAGCUCAUCCCACAGCUCCCCACGCUGGAGAACCUCCUCAACAUCUUCAUUUCUAAUUCAGGAAUCGAGAAGGCUUUUCUUUUUGACGUGACCAGUAAGAUCUACAUCGCCACAGACAGCUCCCCGGUGGACAUGCAGUCGUACGAGCUGUGCUGCGACAUGAUCGACGUGGUCAUCGACGUCUCCUGCAUCUACGGUCUUAGGGAGGACGGGAGCGGUAGUGCCUACGACAAAGAGUCCAUGGCCAUCAUCAAGCUCAACAACACCACUGUGCUGUACCUUAAAGAGGUCACCAAGUUCCUGGCUCUCGUCUGCAUCCUACGAGAGGAGAGCUUUGAGCGUAAAGGUUUAAUAGACUACAACUUUCACUGUUUCCGGAAGGCCAUCCAUGAAGUAUUUGAGGUGGGCGUUUCAGCUCAGCGUCCGGGAGGUCCCAAAGCGCUGGGCUCCCCCUGCAACAAGGCCGUUGCACUGAACGGCACGGCGCGCAGCGCUCUCUAAACACGGACGCCAGGUACAGGGUAUAUCGGCAAAGACGGAUGGAGAAGGGAAAGAGAGAAAAGACUGCUAAACCGGCGCUCACCAGUGCACCAGCCACAACCUCCUGCUCCCAGAACCGGACGCACUGACCCAGGCCUCGAGGAGAGAGUGUGGCAGCAGCACUGGAGCUCAGCCGGGUCACGCUGAGACGGAGCGGGACUCGAGGACUCUGUUUUGGAAGAAUGUAACGCUCGGUGAGCAAGUCGAGAAAGCCAAGCAGAAAAAAAGAGCUUCUUUGAUUUCCUUUUGCAGGCAGAGACUGUGUUCUUGGCGCCUGAUUCCUUCCUGUAAACGUAACAAAACCACAUUCUGACCUCUGCUGGAAAGGAGGCGUUGCCCCCCCCCCUCCUCUGUGCUGAAAAGGACGGUGGAUAUGGACUUCAGGUCACAAUCCCUACGUUUUCAGAGACUGCCUUAAGAAGAAGGAGCUUGACCGCUGCAAGCCUCCUCUCAUCAACAUUAACCUCACCUGACCCCAAUUCUGCCCUGAACUUGCUUCUUGGUUCCACUAAUGAUGGGAAGAGAAGGACGUGAGAGCAGACGGAAAAGGGAUUGUGCUGUCCGAGUCAUUUGAAUGUGUGCAGCCACGUGUGUGUGUGUGUGUGUGUAUGUGUGUGUAUGAAAGGUUACCGCCAGAACCAAGACUGGGCUCUUUGUCUGCAGUGAAUAACCUUUGCAAAAAAAAGAAAGGCUCUUGUCUUUCAUCUUGAUAACAGCAGCAGCAUAAUUAAACUCUUUUCAAUCACUGAAAGUCAUUUUUCUGUCUGCUCCAUGGAAAAUGAUCAACUUGGUUGAAAGAACGAGUGCAGAGUUUAGCAGCUGGAGACGUUUAGUUGAUCAUAACUCAGGUUAAAGAAUAAUUUAUCAACCGUAGCAUCACAUUUUAUGAUUUACAUCUCCAACCUGCUAAAAUAUGUCAUCCCUUUCUCUGGGUUUGAAGCCCAGCCCCUCAAAUAAAAACCACAAACCGAUUCCAGUCCUGUUUACACCACUGUGCCGUUCAUGUGUCAACACCACGCUGUAGUUAAAGAAAACAGACCAAACUGUGACAAACACAGAGCAGCACAGGCCUGAUGCCUUUAUUUUUGUCUGUUGUGUUCCAAUCAAGUCCCAGAGCAGCCAUCACUUCCAACCUGGACUACAAAUAUGAAUAUUAAGCCUGACUCUGUGAUUUGAGGCAUUUAAUGAACAGAGGAUAAUCUUUUCUAUUUAAUUUUUUUCUAUAGUUUAUUAACAGUUGCUAAAUUGUCAAAUUUUUCUUUUUUAAUGACUAGAAUUCAAUGUAAUCAAGACCGGACGUUGUUUUUAUCCACAGAAUUUUUUUUUAUGCGAGAUGUUAAAAGCUAGAAAUCAUGAAAAGCAGAAAUGGUGGCCUAAAUGGGGGAGACGGUUUUAUUUUUUCAUUAUUAUUUUGCUGAGGCACCUUUCUCAACCUGCAGCAACUGUAGCGUUCAUGUUGUGUUCUAAAUGUGUCACUCUGCCUUUUUCAGCUCCAGAUCUACAUUUGAUUGACAACAUGCUCUCUUUAUGACAUAUAUGCACAUAUCUUCAGGUUACCUUUUUGAUCUUAAUCUUCAAGGUUUGUGACUUUAUAAGAGUCGACUGCUUUCGAGACUGAGCCUUAGAACCAGACUUGGAACCCAUGUUGUCCUGUUAACUUGAUUUUUUUUUUUUUAAUCAAAUCAGAAACCUAUUCAGGGAUUUUCUUUAGACUCACUUCGGGAAUUUGACUCACAUUUCAUCUACUUGGUCUUUCUUAGUCCCAAAAAAAUAAGUCUGCUUCUUCGUUGUUGCACAUCAGAACUGUGAUGCAUGAUUGACUUCAUGUGUUGAAAUACUGUGUGAAAUAAAUGCAAAAAACAAAGCAAAAGGUGACUAACUUGAUCAAAUAAAGUUAUUUGGAACUCC